UCGUCCGCCACUCUCUCGCUUGCUCCCAUCCGUCCCUCGCGCCUACAUGUGUGCUGCAGCGUCUUCCGCUCUCUCUGUAUACAACGGCUAAUACUUACACGGUGCGAUUGUUGCUUUGUGAAAUUUGAUAAUAAUUCCGGAAAUCUGAGACUUCACCUUCUUGACAUCAGGAGCGAGAAAAGAAACAAUUGAGUGCCGCGAGAGUUCAUUUUUGUUCAAACUUUCGGAGCAGCCAAGUCCAUGGCACGUUGUCGUCCACAUCCGCAAGACUUUGUCCGUCUGAAGCCAGACACAUGUCCAACAAUGAUGCGGCUGCAGUUGUUGCUGAUUUCCAUUGCCCUAAUCGGCUCCAGCCAAGCAGCCGGAACGAGGACGACAUUUGCCGGUAACCGAUUGCCUGACAUCGUUCCCGGAAUCGCUGGCGUUGACUAUCCGGUGGCUUCGCGAGUCCCCACUACGCUUCGAUUCCGCUGCGACCAACAAGAUUACCCGGGAUUCUUCGCUGACGUAGAAACUGGUUGCCAGGUGUUUCACGUUUGCCGCGACAAUAGGAAAACAUCUUUCCUGUGUCCCAACGGAACUCUCUAUCACCAGCGAUUCUUCGUUUGCGACUGGUGGUUUAAUGUCGACUGUUCCAAAUCCGUUGGACUCUAUCCGCUCAAUAAAGAUGCCAUGCAACGGCACGAGCCAUCCCCUCAAGAUGGACGAGCGGAAGCAUCCCAACCGCAAGCAGCCGCUGUGCGCAGCAGUAGUCCGUAUUUCCAAGAACCUACGCCAACGCCAUCUUUUGCCAGGUUCGAUAAACGCGAGAUAGCCGAACCGACGUUUCACGAAUGGGCGUCGCGGCACAUCCCGCUUUCCAAUCCGGCCGAUACGGCCAACUUCAAAACGACUCGAUCCGCAGCGGCUCGUUCGCGUGCGGCUGACGUCACAGUCCCGUUUUUCGAACCGCCUUUCAAGUCCCUCAGCUCGACGCUGGGACCGCAGGUCAGCGAAUUCCGGAAUUCUCUCCUUUCGGCUGAAACGAGGAACAGGGAACGAACGCCAUGGGCACCGAGUAUAACAUCAUCGAGUUUCACUACGAAUAGACCAGACAUCUCAUCCGACUACAAUCACGGCCAUGCGAAAAAUGAUGGCGAAUAUCCGGUGUCAUCUUUCCCAUCGUCUACAUUACCGGAUAAAUGGCUCCUGCUGGCCAAAGAUCCGGAUUUUCUCAACAACAUCGCUUGGGGCGCUCAAUUGCACAUCAUCAACAAGACUCGAGGCACGGGUUACUUGCGAAACAAACCCAAUAACCGCAGGCCAAUAAGUGAACAAGAACUGGACAUUCAUCCAUUCCAGGGUUUCCGGUCGAACCCUGCGGACCAAAGUCCAUCGGAUGACCGCUCUAGCAUACGUGCCCAGGAGCCUAGCGUUCAGGAGCAUAGAGUACGGGAGCCUAGCGUUCGGGAGCCGCAACGACAGCCGGAGAAACGUCGCCAAUCGGAGCCUCCGAGACCUCCUUUCGUGCCGAGCCCUCUGUUGAGCCAAUCGAAAGAACAGCAACGAGAUGAAAAGAGCGGCACCUACUGGAAACCUUCUUCCAUUCCAAGUUACACGAACGCCCUCGUUCCUUCAUCCACCACCAGCCGGCCAUUCCAGCAGACUGUGACCAGCUACACCGUUCAAUACAGUAGCCCUCCGAUUAGGCCAGUCCAACAAAAGACAACGUAUCCUACACCGACCAAACCAACUCCGACAAUUCGCCCACCAGCUAAACCGGCGGCAACAAGUUACUCAACGGCACAACGACAACAAACGAGUUCGCCACCGUCGUACAGAGUUACAGCCGGGCAGACUGUCUAUAUCAAGAAGCCAUGGAUUACUACUCCGGCCGGACAGAAACCGCAACAACAACAACAGCAAUUAAAGAAACAGCAGUAUUACAAAACGACUGGAUCGAAUGUGGGCGCAGCUUCAUCUCCCAAUCCAUCCUAUCUCACGCCGGCCUAUCAGGUGGUUCUAACUGGCGGUUCCGAUUACCAGGUGACUAAUCUUCAAACUCGAGCGACGCCUUUGGCGUCGUCACGUCCUCCUGCGCCAACGACGCGGGCCCAACCGGUACAAGCCGCAACGUUGCGGUCGCAGCCACAAUUGCGUCCGCAGAGGUUAAUUCCGCAAUCUAUUUUGCUACCCCUCGAGCCACAUCCUUCGACCAGCAAUCAGCAGCUCAUUUUUAAUAAUCAACGAAACCAGCAGCAGCCGCUUCGGCAACAACCGACUGCUCGGCCAGCACAACAACGACAACAACUUCAGACUCAAGCGUCGACGCCAGUUCGUCAGAAUAGCAGGAGCGAUGCGACGCAACAUCCGUUAUUCCGGCCAUCCGAGUUGGAGAAAAUGUCCAUUCCUAUCCGGCCUUCUCUUUUGCUUUCGACGACCGGACCUUCUUCUCGGUCGCCUUUCGAGUUUGAACCGACCCAUCGUGAAUGGUCGACUCCUGCCCAGCUUCCAGCGCCAUCACCGACGAGCAAUUACACGCCCACCAGCACCAAAGACAACAACAAUUUGGAUACAUUUCCAUUGACGCCAUUCCAGCGACAGGACGACCACAUAACAAAUAUCAUCCGCGGUAGAUUGGUUCCCGCUAAUGUCUUUCCUACUGAACCGACUAAUUACCAGGCCAGCAGCAGCGAUAAUGACCAAGUCCGUUCGUUCGUCGUCCGGCCGAGGAACCCCAUCACGAUGGCGUCCUCCCUUUGAUGCCCUCACACUGGCCCUGAUCGCUGCGCAUUGGAACGAAACUGCUAUGCGUCAUGACUGAACUGUGUAUACACGUCGUGCAUCCAAUAUCACCUAAUAAGCCAUACUUUUCGACACGCAUAAUCACCCAGAUCCCAUUUGGCAGGGUAUACAUAUAUGAAUAUAAUAGCGAAUGAGCAUUCUUCUUUGUCGUCGUCUCUUCACAAUUAGAUAAUCCGGCCCUUCGAAAUUUGUUUCCCAGCUUAAAAUUGAUAUGUUUGCAAUGCUAAUUGCUGCGUAUAGUGGAUGGAAAAUGGGUUUCUGAUACCUACAGUAUAUCAAUAGAUUAUUUAGUAUUCCAAUACUAACCAAGUACGGCCUCUAAUAAAAUAGAUUCAGUUCUUACAAUCAAUCUGCAUUUAGAAACCCCCCCUCCCCAAAAAAGUCAUUUACUCUCUAUAUCAAUAAAAUUAUGUAUACUAUACGUGUAAUACCUGUGUGUGUCUGUGCGUCUGGUUCUGUACUAUACCUUUGAAUGGCGUUUUUGAAAUCUCCCGCGGUCGCUUUUUCUCUUUCCAUAACGGCCAUGUAACAGCACAACAGAUGACACUCCCCCCCUUUAUUUUUGUUUUUUUUCUCUUUCCUUCUUUCACCUGAGUAAAAAUCGUUUUUCUCCUCUGAUUUUUCGUUGUUGUUCUUUUUUUUUUUGAAAGUUACGCACACGUUAUUAUUGAGAGAGUUGUAGACCGACUGCUCGCACACGUAUAUACAUAGUAUAAACACACUGACACGCAGACCUAUCCCAUAACCUAUGGCAGAUUGUACACGGUCUGUUCUAUAUCCAUUAUAUUAUAUCCCAUCAUAAAUGCAAGCCGAGAAUGAGUAAAUACACACAGUUUUCCGAG